AUGGCUAAAAUUUCUGUCAAAGAAUGGGAUAUGGUUAAGACACUCAAUGAAUUUAGAAUCCAAGUAGAAUCUCAAGAUACAAAGGUAUACCUUGGUGCACAGAAGGUGAUGCCUAAGUUGAUAAGUGAGAUCAUGGAGGCCCAGAAGCACGAUCAAGAAGUAGCCUAUAUCAAGGGACGUCUGGAAUUAGGAGAACCAAUGCUCGAUUGGGUAAUUCACCUCAAUGGGAGUUUAAGAUAUCAAGAUCGUGAUCCACGAUUCACCUCCCGAUUUUGGGGAAGUCUACAAGAAGCUCUGGGUACUGAGUUAUGUUUUAGCACCGUUUUUCACCCACAAAUGGAUGGACAAUCUGAACGUACCAUCCAGACACUCAAAGAUAUGCUGAGAGCUUGUGCAAUGGAUUUUCAAGGAAAUAGGAGGAGAAGGCCAUUGAUGUUUGAAGUAGGUGACCACGUGUUCCUAAAGGUGCAACCUAGGCAUGGAAUCAUAGGUUUUGGAAGAAGGGGGAAACUAUCACCACGAUAUAUCCGACCUUUUGAAAUACUGGAGAAGGUGGGCAAAGUGGCAUAUCGACUAGCACUACCCCCACAGUUAGCCGGGAUACACAACGUCUUUCAUGUAUCUAUGCUGCGAAAGUACGUUGCCGAUCCAUCACAUGUCAUCAACUGGGAAGAAAUCAGUCUCGACAAGGAUGUUACCUUUGAAGAAGGACCUGUAGCAAUACAAGAUAGUCGAGAGAAGAAUCUUAGGGGCAAGACAAUUCAUCUAGUAAAGGUACUUUGGCAACAUCGUGGGAUUGAAGAAUCAACCUGGGAACGUGAAGACGCGAUGCGGACAAACUAUCCCCAACUUUUUGAGCGUAGCGAGUGA